GAUUAGCAGUCGAUAUUAUCCAUAUCUGUGUUUAUCUCUUUCCUCUUUUUCGUAGAAAAGUUCCUUUCUUUCCCUCGACUUAGACUGUGCACCACUCGACAAACAAUGGCAGAUUGGUCGGGACUUCCAGAACUUCUCUUAGAAUCGAUUGCGAGGCGUUUAUCGAUCGCCGAUCUGAUUCGAUUCAGCUGCGUCUGCACUUCAUGGAGAUCGAUCACUCUGUUUCUCAAAGGGAAGCUUCUUCCAUGGCUGAUAAUCCCCUGCGUCACCAGUAACAACCCUAGAAAGAAAAGAAUCGGUAGUGUCUGCGACAAAAAUCUCGGCAUCAUCAGCCUCUCCGAUCCCACCCGCAGAGUUUACGAACUCGAUCUACCGGAGGCUGCUGACAGACGAAUUUGUGGAUCUUCAGCGGGAUGGCUCGUAACAGUUCAUGCUAAUUCAGAGAUCCGAUUGCUGCAACCCUUCACCAGAGCUCAGAUACAGCUUCCACCACUUACAGCUUUCCCGAGCCAUUUACCUGUCCCUCUGCAGCAAGGAGAAAGGUUCAAGGCCUUCCUUCGAGAUGAAUAUAUUCACAAGGCUAUUGUUGGUUUUUGUUCUUCAGAGUCUGAGGCGAUGGUUAUGGCUAUUCGCAGGGAGGAUGACCAACUGGCUUUUUGUAGGCCUGGGAAGGACCUCCGGUGGAGUAUAUUUGAACAUCGUCAUCAUGGUCGAUCUCAUGAUGUCAUUUUCUAUAAAGAGCAGUUCUAUACUGUUAAAGAGUCUGGGCGGAUUUUCAAGGUUUCUGGCCUGGAAGAUGCUUCUCCACACAUGACGCUUGUUACUGGUCGACCCAUGAUGAACCCAUCCAGUCCUAACAAGCCCUAUUUGGUGGAUUCUUUGGGAGAGUUGUUAAUCGUCUAUCCUAACAGACUCUAUUUGGUGGAGUCUUCAGGAGAAUUGCUUAUCAUAUAUCGGUUUUUGGAUUCCGGUUUUCCUGUCGGGGAGGAUGAUGAGGAUGAUGAUGAGGAUGCUGUGGUUGAUAGUGAUGAUAAUUGGAGAGAACCAGCACGUUUGCCCUACAGAACCAUAAAUUUUGAAGUUUUCAAGCUAGAUUUCGCUGGAGGGAAAUGGGUGGAGGUUGAAAACCUUGGUGACAGAGCUGUGUUCGUUGGCUAUAAUGACUCAUUCUCUGUGUCUGCUUCUGAGUUCCCUGGAUGUAAGGGGAACUGUAUAUACUUCACAGAUGAUUAUUUCGAAGGUUACUAUCGACAGAAACAUGGCGCCUGUGAUAUGGGUAUUUUCGAUUUAGGGGAUCGGACUGUUGAACCACUUGUUUGCGGAAAUGAAACUCAGUCUUUUAUGCCCCCAUCAGUCUGGUUUUCAAUGAAUCCUUGGUGGCGAGGUGGGUUAGAUGUAUUGACUCUCUAGUUGUUGAAUAUACUGAGCCCGAUGUUGUGAUACCGGCCUCCCAAUUGGGCUACUGCUUAAUUAGCUUCCUUUUCUUUGUAAAGUCUUUCCUUUAGGUAUGUAUGUAUUUACUUGUGUAUGCUUACGAUGAGUGUAUUGUUGCUUCUUCUUUUUUUCUGUAUAGCCUUCAUUUAUUUUGGUUUGCAUUUUUGUAUAAUGUAUCUUUGUUCAUGAUAUAUGGUGUUAUCCUGGAGCCUUUUAUUCAAA